CUCCGUUUCGCUCUCCCCUUCUCUCCAUUUUCAUCACUUUCUUCUCUUUGUUUUUGUUUUUUUAUUCUUUUGGGUCAAAAGUCUAGGGUUUUCAGUUUCGUUCGAUAAAAAAGUAGGAAAUUAUGGGGCAGCAGACGCUGAUCUACAGCUUCGUGGCUCGCGGGACGGUAAUUCUGGCGGACUACACAGAGUUCACCGGAAAUUUCACCGGCGUCGCCGCCCAAUGCCUCCAGAAACUCCCCGCUUCCAGCAACCGGUUUACCUACAAUUGCGACGGACACACCUUCAACUACCAGGUGGAGAACGGGUUCACCUACUGUGUUGUUGCUGUUGAAUCUGCUGGAAGGCAAAUUCCUAUUGCCUUCUUGGAGCGGGUAAAGGAUGAAUUUUACAAGAAAUAUGGUAAAGGGAAAGGUGUUAGUGCAGGUGCCAAUGGCCUGAAAAGAGAAUUUGGUCCAAAACUGAAAGAACACAUGAGGUACUGUGCUGAACAUCCAGAAGAAAUGGACAAGAUUGCCAAGGUUAAGGCUCAGGUCAAUGAAGUAAAAGGAGUGAUGAUGGGGAACAUUGAAAAGGUUCUGGACCGUGGUGAGAAGAUUGAGCUUUUGGUAGAUAAAACUGACAACCUACGGUCACAGGCGCAGGAUUUCCGAAAGCAAGGAACGAAGAUGAAGAGGAAAAUGUGGUUUGAGAAUAUGAAGAUAAAAUUGGUUGUGGCGGGUAUUCUUGCCCUCUUAAUUCUUAUGAUUGUCCUGUCUGUCUGCCCUCAUUUCAAUUGUUAAUGAUUGCACUGGGGCGGCGGGCAUCACCCCGUUCCUGCAGAGUUACCAUAUGGGUUGACUGAUACAGGGCAACAUUGGUAGUUCAUUGCCAAAUAUCAGCACAUCACUUCACUGCUAAUCUGUAGAGCCUGGCCUGAAAUUUUUAUUAGGAGUUGGUGUAUAGGUAUUUUGGAUGGUAGAUAUGUGUCUUUGUUAAAGUGUAUUUGAGUUGAUAGAUAGAACUGACAGAACCCACAAUGGGUUGUAUAUUGGCUAUUGAUGUACAUAGUGAUCCACUGAUCCAGCUCCCAUUACUUGAUAACAAUCAAUAAAUUUAAAUUUCAUUGCUCAA